AUGGUGAUUUGUAAAGAGCGAGGCAUCUACAUCUGGGCGUUGUGCAUUGUUCUCAUGGCCACAAUUCACUCCGUUGGGAGGACCGUGGCUACCGGAGCCGACAGUGACAAAGCGAGCGAAUCCUCCAACUCCACGCUGCAGAACGGUCGGUCUGAGCACAGGAGCACAUUAGCGGGUGCCAACGGUUCCUAUAUACCAGAAAACAACACUUCAAAUGCCAAUGGAUGCAAGCAGAUUGAGGCUCUUUGUCCAUCGUCAGACAGAAAACGCCGCUUUAAACAGUUCGUGUUCGUUGGUUUAUGUCUUGGUGUUUGGUCAGUCGUAGCUAAUAGCCUCCCACUUGCCGCCAUCAUCAGGCAUGAACGACUCCACAAGCCCGUGUACAUCGUCGUGGCUAACCUGGCAUCAAGCGACGUCUUGACCGGCGCAGCCUUCGUAUAUGCCAGUAGUUCGGUAUUACUGUCGAAUACUACAGAUGCUGGGACAGUCAUUGUCGCGUCUAGGCUCCGAUGGACGGCAAUAUUCCUCUCCGGGUUGUCCUCUGCCUACAGCCUCCUGGCGCUAACGGCUGAGCGCUACUGGUUCAUCGUGCACGGGAUGACCUACGUCAACAACGUCACCAACGAGAAGUGCAAGGUCGUGAUCGUGACCGUUUGGGUUUUGUCUGGAUUGCUGGCGAUGCUGCCCAACUUCGGCUGGCACUGCAGGCAUUCAGAAACAUCGGGAGACUGCCUACCAACGGGCGGUGGAUUGCCGGACAACUACGGGAUACUCGUCUUGGUGUUCAUCUUCAUCCCGAUGGCGGCAAUCGUCUACUUCAACCUGGGGGUAUUUUGGUGCCUCUGGAAGCACAUGAACGCCAUUGCUGCACAAGAAGCGACGGUGGCUUCCCAGUCAAGCGUCAACAGGAAAUCCGCCUUCACCAUCGUCAUCAUCACCGUCGUUUUCCUGGUCGGGUGGCUGCCAAUUUCUAUCAGGCUGGCCACGAUGACUGAAGACCAUCUUGGACUCUCCGAAAUGCUGGUCUUCGUCAUCUUCAACUCAGCAAUCAACCCGCUGAUCUACGGGUUUCGUCUGAGAGAGGUUCGACAAGGGGUUGCACGGCUCUUCGUGAAGUGUUGCGGAAACGCCAGCGUGGAUGUACAUUGA